CUCUACGAACUGGACGAGGACCCAAAACGCAAGGAGUUCUUGGAUGACCUUUUUGGCUUCAUGCAGAAGAGAGGGUCCCCAUGGACUCACCCCACACUCCUUUUCUCUGUGAACCGCAUCCCCAUCAUGGCAAAGCAAGUGCUGGACCUGUACACGCUCUACCGGCUGGUGACAGAUAAGGGUGGCCUGGUCGAAGUCAUCAACAAGAAGAUCUGGCGGGAGAUCACCAAGGGCCUCAACCUGCCUACCUCCAUCACCAGCGCGGCCUUCACCCUCCGCACGCAAUACAUGAAGUACUUGUACCCCUACGAAUGUGAGAAGCAGGCGCUCAGCUCUCCUGGUGAGCUCCAAGCUGCCAUCGACAGCAACCGGCGGGCGGGACGGAGGCAGACUUUCGGCACGGCGCUCUUCAACUACUCACCAGCCGGCACCCCAACCCUGCUGGGGUCCCCCAAAAUGCCUCUGCCAGCUCUUAGCAUCUCCACGCACAGCUGCAGCCAGCUUGGCCAAGUGCACACUGUUAAGAAAGAGGAGCAGCAGCGGCUGGUGCAACAUGCACUGCAACACAACCUCCUGGCUGUGGCCUCCCAAUUCCCCAUGAACGUCAAGAUCUCCAACCGAGAUGACAGACAGGAGACCGCAUUGAACCUGUCCACCAACGGCAUUAGCAGUAUCAACAUGUCAAUAGAAAUAAAUGGAGUUGUCUACACAGGUGUCCUGUUUGCCCGCCGGCCCCAGGCACCCCCAGCACCUGGUGGAGGGAGCACCCAGAGCCGGCUGAACCCCAUGCCCACCCCAAACCCACUACUUCCAAGCCCCUCGCACAGCCACACUCCCACCAGCACCUCACCGUAG